AUGCUUUCACAGAUGUAUACACUAAAAUCCGACAAGGCAGACUACAUAUUCAGUCUCGACGUCGACUCCAAAUUCUACGCUCACUGGGGGGCGGAGUCUCUGGGCGACCUUGUCGGCGUGCUGCAUGCCUGGUUUUUCGGAAAAUCUCGGGAACAGUUCACAUACGAGCGGCGUCCUGAAUCUCAGGCCUUCAUACCUUUUGAAGAAGGAGACUACUACUACGGAGGUGCCAUGAUCGGAGGACGCCUCGACAAAGUGCACAAGCUGGUGAAGACGUGCCGCAUGCAGCUGGAUGUGGACCGAGCCAAUCACAUUGAAGCAGCAUGGCAGGAGGAGUCUCACCUGAACAAGUACUUCCUGUACAAUAAGCCCAGCAAGGCGCUCUCACCUGAAUACCUGUGGGACGACACAAAAGGGAAACCCAGCUACAUGAAAGUGGUGCGUUUCUCUCAGGUGGUCAAGAAGUACGCCGAGGUCCGACCCAACCCUUAAAGCACACUGUACUGUAAUGGGU